AAAGAUGGCAGCCUCCGCAAAGAGCAUUUGUGUAACAUAACUGGAGUUUCACAAUUUUCCGGGAGACGUUUUUCUAAAUUAGUCUUAGUUUCUGUUGAAUUCAACUUACAAAGUAAGCAAAAUAACGAAUUUAUCUUCUGGCUGAUUGGCUGUGCAUGUCUCACAUGUUGACGAAGAAGCUUCCCCCAGUGCAGAGCAUCCUGUUUCUGGUAACCAGGAAGGCCAGUCAACUCUCCAGACAGCGGUACGAUGUCAUCGUGGUGGGUGGAGGUCAUGCAGGAACUGAGGCAGCGGCUGCAGCAGCCCGAGUGGGAGCUGAGACACUCCUGGUCACACAGAAAAUACACACGAUCGGUGCCCUGUCCUGUAACCCGUCUCUGGGAGGAGUAGGUAAGGGCCAUCUGGUGAGGGAGGUAGAUGCUCUGGAUGGGCUAUGCGGCCGUGCCGGAGACUGGGCUGGGAUUUAUUUCUCCAUCCUGAAUCGUAGAAAGGGGCCAGCUGUCUGGGGGCCGAGAGCCCAACUGGACCGCCAGCGCUACCGGGAGUUCAUUCAGGCAGAGCUGCUGUCCACUCCCAGGCUGAUGGUGCAGGAAGGCUCAGUGGAGAAGCUGCUGGUAACAGAUCCAAACCCUGAAGAGCCUGGGAGCCACAGAGUUACUGGGAUACAUUUGGCCAAUGGCAGCCAUCCAAUCUCAGCCUCCUCUGUGGUUCUCACCACGGGUACGUUUUUGUCCGGCUCACUCUUCAUGGGGCAGACCACAUCCCCAGGAGGCCGGAUCGGAGAUGCUCCGUCGAGUACUGGUCUGUCCGAAACGCUAAGGGAGAGGCUGGGUCUGAGGAUGGGCAGGCUGAGGACCGGAACCCCACCUAGAAUUUUAAAAGAUUCAGUGGACCUUUCCCUGGCCAAGCUUCAUCCGCCUGACACCCACCCGGCACCGUUUAGCUUCAUGAAUACUCACACACGCUGCAAGCCUGAAGAGCAGCUGCCUUGCUACCUAACCUACACAACUCCUGGAGUAGAGAGAGUGGUGAGGGAGAGUCUUCAUCUCAACUGUCACAUACAUCAAGACACCAAAGGUCCCAGAUACUGUCCCUCCAUUGAGUCAAGGGUGCUGCGCUUUCCAGGAAGAAGUCACCAGGUGUGGUUGGAGCCCGAGGGGAUGACUUCUGACCUUUUUUACCCUCAGGGUCUAUCCAUGACCAUGCCUCCUGACGUGCAGCUCCGCCUCAUCAGAGAAAUCCCAGCCAUGCACAGAGCUGAGAUCCACACACCAGGGUACGGUGUACAGUAUGACUAUGUGUGUCCCACCCAGCUCAGUCCCGCGCUGCAGGUGAAAAACACUCAGGGACUUUUUCUGGCCGGUCAGAUCAACGGGACGACGGGUUACGAAGAGGCUGCUGCACAGGGGUUGUGGGCGGGGGUCAACGCUGCCCGCUGGGCGUUCUCCCAGCCCCCGGUUGCACUGUCUCGAACAGAGAGCUACAUCGGAGUUCUCAUUGAUGACCUGGUGAGUCGAGGAGUUAAAGAGCCUUACCGCAUGUUCACCAGCCGGGCUGAGUUUCGAACUUCACUGAGGCCAGACAACGCCGAUCUCCGCCUUACGCUGAAAGGAUUUGAGGUGGGAUGUGUGUCCUCUGUGCGCCACGAUGUGGCUCUAAGAGUCAAGAGUAGUCUCCAAGAUGCAAUAGCCUCUCUCCAGGCGCUCACUCUGUCCACAAACAGAUGGAGGAAAAAGCUGCCCGGAAUCAGUGUGAGCGAGAGCAAGAGCAUGCUGAGUGGGAUGGAGUUGCUGCAGUACAAGGAUGUGUCCUUUGAAAUGUUGGCUUCAGUCUUUCCCGAGUGCCUUUCACCAUACAUUGAGCUCUCACAAAGACUCAAAAUAGAGGCUGUGUACAAGCCUCACUGUGACCUAAGCAAGAGAGAGAUUGAGAGAAUUCAAAAGGAGGAGAACAUGUCUCUCCCACAGGACAUCGACUAUUUCACUCUGCCUGUGUCUCUGUCUCAGGAAGUCAGGGAGAUCCUGAACAGAUUUCGACCGAGCACUCUGGGUGCUGCUACCCGUCUGGAAGGCAUGACUCCUGCUGCAGUCGUCACGCUCUUCAACUACGUUCACCUUACGGGGAGAAAGGAGAGAAUGGUGAACAGAAACGAAGCGGACAAUGAGGAAGAAAGAGAAGAGGAUCUGUGCACAAGAAAUGCAUCUUUACCUCAAUAAGAGUAUCUCAGAAUGAAAAAAACCUUAUUUAUUCUUGGAAAACAAGCAAAACAAAAAAUUAUUUCGAGAAUGUGAUCCUUACAUUAUGUAAAAUAGUGUACUUUUUAUUUUAUAAAACAGCUGCAAAAUAAAACAUACAUUACUUUCA